UCCCGACACAAGACGACGUUACUCACAACCAAAAAAUGUUCGAGAUAUUAUCAUCUUCUUAUCCUCGUUGCUUCGGCUCCAGAUAAUUUUGAUAGAAGGAACAAUAUUCGAAAAACGUGGGCACGCGAUACUGAACUGCACUGGCCAAGAUGGAAGACUUAUUUCCUUCUGGGUCAAACACCGACAAGUAAUGUUUCAAAAUUACUUUUGAAAGAAGAUGAAGCCUUCAGAGAUCUCGUACGUGGGGACUACAAGGAACAUUAUUGGAAUCAGACUUACAAGAUCCAGAUGGGCUUUGAAUGGGCGGUCAAAUAUUGCGAAUUCUCUUUUCUAUUAAAAGCAGACGACGAUGUUUUUGUGGACACUGCAAGAGUGAUUUCCUACUUGAAUGAGCCUGAUACGCCAAAGCUAAAGCUUUAUUCAGGACACGUUAUGCGCCGGGUAGCGGUGACGCGAAAGCUCGGCAAAUGGUUUGUAUCAAAGUCGGAGUACGCUCGGAAUAUAUACCCCGAUUAUUGCUCCGGUUUCGCAUAUAUUCUGUCUUACGAUGUUGUCACCUUGUUUGUCGAGCUAUUUGAGUUUUUGCCCGUCUUUAAAAUAGAUGAUGCAUAUGUUGGUAUGCUUGCAGAACAAACUGGUGUGCGAGCUAUGCAAAAAGUAGGAUUCGAAACAUGGCCACGAGAAGAAACAUUAUGCAUACCUUUAACAGAUACCCUUGCGAGACACAGAACGCUAGGAAAAUGUUUAAUUGAACUUUAUAAUCGGACUGUCAUAAAUCGAAUGUACUUUCUUUAG